AUGGUUGUCAAGCCAGGGGUGCUCUGGACUCCCGACUGCACCAUUCUAGCCAUUAUCUACGCUCCAUUCGUGCUAGGGCAGCUUCCACCAUACUCGAUAUUAUGGGGUCUUUGUCUACCGAUGCGGCCGUUUGCAUAUAAAAAGUUACCUAAGGGACGAUAUUUCCGCGAACUCAAAGUAUGCUUGGUUACGAAGGGAACAAAUGUUCAGACCGUGGUAAACUCUAUCAGGCCAUGGAAAAAUUGCAGGCAAUAUCCGAAUGUCACAUUUCAUGUGGCGUUAGAUUCCGCCGAUGAUAAUUUCCAGGCUGCACUUCCUGAUUUUGUCAAUGUGGUGAGUGUGCCAGUCUCAUUUCAACCCACCCAUGCAAAAUAUAAAGGACGGGCAUUGGAAUGGUGCCGCCUGCAUUGGAAACUAUCCGAUCUUGAUUGGGUACUUCAUCUAGACGAAGAGACCGAGAUUGAUGAGUACCUGGUACAAUCCUGCCUUGACUUCAUCGAGCGAGGAACAGAAGACGUCGGAAUGGGAACAAUCUACUACACAUCGCAUAAUUAUUGGAAGAAUCCAUUCUUGACCACUGCUGAGAUUUUCAGAGUGGCAGAGGAUUUUGGCCGAUUUCAACUUCCAAUCCGACUUUUCAAACGCCCUUUCCUUGGCUGGAUGCAUGGCUCCUUUAUAUUGAUCAAUGGUGGUGUAGAGAACAAGGUCACCUGGGAUACUAGAUGUCUUGCUGAAGACUUUUGGUUUGCAUUCCACGCUGCACGCCGAGGAGUCAAGUUCGGUUGGAUUCACGCAAUCGCACGAGAACAGCCUCCCGUUAGUGUUUCGGACUUGAUUAAGCAACGUAGAAGGUGGUACACGGGGAUCAUGUCAAUGGAUAGCUGGUUGGUUAAAUUGGUUCUCGCGAUCCCCAUGAUGGGACCGUUAGCUUAUGGAAGCGUGUAA